CGAUCAGCUCGGCGUUUAUUCACGAGUCGAAAGCUGAACCGAGCGGAUUGAUUAUUGCUACUUUCGCGCAACAGACAACAGACUAGCGGCUGAUUAAGGAUUCAAGCAAGACAGAGGGAAUAAAAUUAAAACCUGCAAAGUCAAGAGAUAAUCAACGCUGGCUGACUGGAUGAAGAGUUUGGACUUGGAAGAAUAAGUUGAAGAAUUGUGGAAAAAGAGCUGGUUUCAAAUAGUGAAUGAGCUGUGAAAAGUCCGAGCCAAAAGUACUUUAUUUAUUUAUUUAUUCUAACACAAAUCACGGGCACCACUCAGAACUGAGAUGAGUUUACUUCACAACAGAUAAGUGUUAUCAUCACAGUGAGAGAAAGAGAGAAAGAAGGCGCGUGUGUGUUCAGAGUUGAAAGCACGAAAAAUAAACAGACUUUUAAGUUGAAGCGAUUAAGUCAGUGAAAUUAAAAGAAGCAAAAUAAAAAAAAACAUCGCACACGAGCAAAUUACACACCUCGGCGCCGAUGAAGAAAUCAAGCCGGAGAGGAUAAACGAAACUGUUUGAAAGUGUUAACCCAGCAGUGCAUUCAAAUUUAUGCCCAAGCGAAAGUGCGCAAUUAUAAACAAAAACUAAGUUAUUUAUUUAUCGCUAUUUAUUUCGUCGAGUGUGUAACUAAGUUAUUCAAACAAAAUGGCACAAGAAAUGAUGUUCUACCCGAAAGAGACGACUCCACAGACCGUUCCGGCCGGUGAGCUCACGUCAGACUUCUUCGCGUCGUACGCCGAGCUGUUUGACCUGUCGCUGUUGACGCCCAGCGACGGAGAAGUUCCGUUGAGUCCGCAGUCACAGCAGCAGCAGCAGCUACUCCAGCUACAGCAACAACAGCUGGUUCAACAAGGCUCCGGUCAGGACUACAUCCCGGCGACGAUCUUCCACGACGCUCCCGCGUCGAUGCAGCAGACUCUGCAGCAAAUGAAACAGGAGAAACCCGCAGUUUGGACGGAGAACCUCGCGGAGUCUUCGCUGAAGUCGGUUUUGCUGGAGCAACUCCAGGCCGGUCCCCAGUAUCAGUACUACAGCAGCACGCUGCUGAGUCCACCGCAGGAGCAGUACGCCGUAUUCCCACCAUCACCAACGCCCUCAAUCCCAGACUUCCAAAGCCUCAGCGGUCCCCAGCACGGAUUCGUAACGAUAAAGCAGGAGUACCUGUCGCUUCCACCGUCACCGCCGGACUCCAACGGAGCCCCGUCGCCGAUUCACUGCAGCGAGAUCAAGACGGAGUUCGACGCCGAACCGUCCAUCGACAUCGACUCGCUGCUGGGCGAACCCAAGAAGGAACCCCAGCUACCGACCACCAUCACCACGAUCAAGCAGGAGUUCAACAUUCUGCGGGAACAGCUCCAGGAGGGCAACUUCCGCAAGCCCAAACCCGUUGAGCUGGAGUCGUUGAUCGGGGGCCUGACGACGCGUGCCGACAUCGGCUCGGUCUUUGAGCUCGCCCUGCAGGACGUCCAGGAUGGCAUCCAGGCGACCUGCAACACGCUGGGGAUCUCCGCCGACCCCCGCGCCUGGUCGUUCGGCCAGGUCCAGCAGUGGCUGGAGCUAGCGAUGAACAAGUACUGCCUGCCGCCGCCGGCCAACAUCGGCCAGCUCUUCCCGGAGUGCGGCCGCGAGCUGGCCCAGCUGCCGAUGGACGAGUUCGUGCGGCGUAUACCGCAGGGUGGUGACAAACUGCACGGACAUCUGGAGCUGUGGAAGCAGAUGUACCGGUCGACGAAUGGGGCCGCUGGCAACACUGCUGCCGUUGAUGGACUGCCGUUGGACGGCGGGCUUGGUUCUGUGUCGGCCGUCGGACAGGACUCCAACUCCUUCGAUGCGGAAUCGCUCAACGGGGACAUUAGUGAUGACGAUGACGAAGAAAUGCCCCUGGAAGGCCUCCCACCCACCACUGGUCCGUCAACUUCCACCGGAACCGCACCCUCCACCACCACCACCCCUUCAAAACCCCGCCAGGGUGGUUCCCACAUCCAUCUGUGGCAGUUCCUAAAGGAACUGCUUGCCGCCCCCGACCAGCACCAGUCGGCGAUCCGCUGGAUCGAUCGCACCAAGGGCGUCUUCAAGAUCGAAGACUCGGUGCGGGUAGCCCGGCUGUGGGGCCGUCGCAAAAAUCGCCCCGCCAUGAACUACGACAAGCUGUCGCGGUCCAUUCGGCAGUACUACAAGAAGGGCAUCAUGCAAAAGACGGAACGAUCCCAGCGGUUGGUGUACCAGUUUUGCCAUCCGUAUUCGCUGUAAAUGAGUUUUUUUUUAAGUUGAGAGUGCAAGAGUUUUUCGAGCGUGUGCGCCAGGUACCAGCGAGCGAGCGAUUUUAUGACUGUUUAUUGUUGAUUCUAGGCUAUUUUAAGUUAUUUACCAGUGAGAGAGCGUGUGUGUGAUGGAUGAUAAGUGCGAAAAUCUCUUUCGAGGAAGAUUUAUCACCCGCUAGACGUCAGCGCCAAGAAAUGGUUUGAAUUUUCCGCGGAGACUUUUCGCACCAACCUUAGGCUUAGUAGAAUCACUCUUUUGUAUUAUCGCACCCAGGUCCACGUGGCGUGAGCGCCGGCGACAGGUGGUAUUAACCUCGCGGACGGCGCCCACGUGGAUGAUAAUAUUCGUAAAAUGAUGUGAUUCGCAAAAAACAACAAAAGUUGACUUCCAGAGCAAGCAAACUCCGUUAGUAUGACGGAUGAGCUUAGGAGGUCCGCAGAGGAGAUUCUGCCAUCUGCCAAGAGAAUCUCAAACUUAACGUUCAACCCGCUUACGGGCGAGAUUCCGGAACAAACACGAGCACCCUCGCGGGCAGCUUAUCUCGUAGACUUGAAAGUACACAGAAACAGCCUGGGGAAGGUAAUUUCCCUGCCAAGGCUGAGAGUUGUGAACUUUGUCGUCGAGAGACACGCUUCUCCGAGGUGGACUCGUUUUGCCCACAAGAAUCUCACCAGCACUCCCGUAGGGAACGAACUCGAAUGUGUCGCGAAAGAUCUGAACUAUUUACGAUUACUCCCGUUAUUGUUUCGAUCUGUAUUGUUUACCGAAUGACCCCGCAACUCUGGCCGUGGGCGUGUCGCGCGUCCCAGCCCAGAAACGAAGGGCGUCGGUAAUUUUGGUCCCAUAUAUCUAUGAUAUAUUUUUAUUGUAAGUUCUAUGAACGAUACAAUUAGGAUGAUAUAUUUUUUUCCGGAAAUAAAAUACAUCGAUUUCUAGCCUUACCCCCUAAGAUAAGCUACCAAACUAAGUGUAAAUAUGAAAUUACUAGGCUAUCGUUGCAAUAUAGUUAGGAACUCCGGGAACCUUGACACCUCUGCAGGGUGCCAAGGAUCACACUCCCGGUUCAAUUUACUGAGCAAAUGGCAAGCAGCCUUCGCUGAGAAACAAGAGCUCACUUUCUCAGCGAAGGCUUCUCGAGUUAAUUUGAUGUACCACAUCGUCUAACGCAUGAUUUUCUUUAGGUAUUGUAUUACUCACUUAAAAUGUAGUCAGCUUUAAGCAAUAGAGUUAGCUUUGUAGUAACAGUGGUGGCAGGGUACGUUAAGAAUUUUACAAAAAUCACAUGAUUUUCACCCCCAAACCUUAGUGCCUUAAGCUAACUAGUUUGUAAGUCUUACCCUCCUUCCCAAAAAAAGAAGUUAAAAACAUUAACCGAUUGUGAUCUAAGUGCCUUAACGAUAUUGAUAACCACAAACAACACACAAAAAAACCCACAACUUUUGUACUACAUUUUGCAAUUUUUUUUUAUUACGCGUAAUAUGAUCUACCAUUUUGCUUUUGCGAGCAAUUUUAAUUUAUCCACUUGCAAAGUACACAAAUGUAUUUUAUCAAAUGUAAAUGUGUAGGUUAAGACAGUGCCUAGAUGGUAAGAAACAUUUUCACCGAUAUUGUAAUUUUUUAUGUUUAUUUAACAAUAAAGUCUAACGAAAAAGCA